UCGUCGUCGUUGUCGUGUGAUCGUAUAAUCGUCGUCUCUCAGUCGCGUCGGUAGUGUGCGCAUGUAGUGUGUAUACACAUAUACGUAUAUAUAUAUAUAUAAAUUUUUUUUUACGUCGUGCGCGCCGACGCGUCGUAACGCGCUCCGGAGCGUCGCCGUCUCGCCCGGCAUUUUUUUCUCGCCGUCGCCUCUCCGUGCGAAGGAUACGCGAGGAUCGGGAGUGUGGAAAAGUCGCAAGCGGGAUUUCUCUCCUCAUUUUGUACGACGAGAGGACACGCAACCAUUGCCGUCGUCGACGUCGUCGUCCUCCCCCUUCCCUCGGCCGCGAGAAACACCUGUGAAAUACACCGAUACCGAGGCGUAGCAGCAUGGUAUGAUACCAGGGACUGACGAUUUCCCGGAAACAUGAAGAAGCAUCCUCACAUCCUUGCGUGCAUCCUGCUCCUGCUGCCUCUGGCGUUGGGCCUCAGCCUGCAGGAGGACGACUUGGUCUUCGACGAUGUCGGCGAGGACAAUGACAAUGACAACUCGCCUACUGGGUCCGCUCUGAUAAAUCAUCAUGCGACUCGCGGUCGAUCCGAUCGUUACGAGCAAGGAUCGUCGUCCAGGGAUGGCAGGAGGCAUGCCUCUCGGGUCGAAAGAGCGUGGGGCGUGUCGGAUUCCGUCGUCCCAGUUGGCCAUGUUUUCAAAAUGAAAAUACCACGGCAGGCUUUUUCGGGAAAUGUGGAUUUUUACGAGGUUCGCGGGACCAGUAAUCGCGAUCGUUUUCCGGAAUGGAUGCACUGGGACGACUCGGCGUCCACUCUCCUGGGUGUGCCGUUGAAAGAAGACACGGGCAAUUAUCACCUGACCGUCACGGCUUUCGGUAAGCAUCGUGACACCGCCAAGGAUCAGUUCAUCGUGCAGGUUAUACCCGAGAAACUGGAGGAGCUCAAGCAUAAGGACGGCAGGACGCAUUGCGAUGACGGAGAGGAACAAACGGUUCUCACGAUAUUGUUGGAUGCGGCUAUAGAGAAACUAUCGCCUACCAUCAGGACGAGCGCCAUCGAAAAUCUCUCGGGUUUUCUGGGAAUGCACACGAGCGCAUUCUCGAUGCAUUCUCAAGGCGUGAAGGCACUGGGUACCUCCGUUAUUCUUAGCGGACCUGGAAACAUUAAGCUUUCCAGAUUUAGAAAGAAUCAUUUAACUACUAUCCAGUGGCAGGUCGGCUGCGACGGUCACUUGUGGAAGCAUCAAGCGGAAUUGGUGGAACAACUGCGGGAGCAAGCGAAGGACGGCACUCUAGCGGAAGUUCUGCAGUUGCCCGUGAUAUCGUGGCGUGUAAGGACAGAUUCGAGCCCCUCUUUGAGAAACAGGAGAGAAGCCGGCUCCGGCGACUACGGUGGCGCGGACGGUUACGAUGAUAAUUACGAUGACAAUUACGAAGACAAUGAGGAAGAUUACGAUGGCGAAGAGGGCGAGGACGAUAACGAGGAUUCGCGAGUAUCGCCGACUUACAUGCCGAAUAUGAAAGUCCCGGAGCAUCCGCACAGGCAUCACCACGGCGAGGAGACGAUCGAUUGGAAGAGCGAAGAUGUUGACGAAGAAGAGAUAAUACCGAGAAUGAGGCAAAGCGAUCUGGAAAACAGAACAACCACGCCUACGACAACAACCACUGAACUUACUACAUCAUCACCAUCAACAACUACUUCCACUACUACGACGACAAGUACAACCACAACCCAAGUCGCGCCAACGACCGUACCUACUACUGCUAGUAGCACCACAACGACUACAACAUCAGCUGAUACAACAACAACAGCUAGCAUCUCCACCGCUGUAGAUCCAUCGAUAGAAUCUCCGAGAUCGGGGACCACAAACGAAGAAUUCUUGACGGAGAAAACAAAAUAUGUGGAACCGGUUGAACCCGUUACCGUUUUACCGACCGUUCCUUCGGAUAUCACCACAACUCCUCUUCCUAUAACCACUCUACUGUCUCUUAGCACAACGUUUAUCCAGACUAGCGUGCCCGAUAAAGUCGAGACGGAGAUCGUCGCCAGUAUCAAUAACGUUACGACGGAAGAGCCGGAACAAACUAUGACUUCGACGAGAGAACCAUGGACCACCAUACCAACACCAAUUGUAAUCACGGAUGUUAACAUUACCACUCCUUCGUCUGUAGUUGUAACGAAUGUUAGCACUACUAUUACUACCACUACUACGCCUGUGAACAUAACAAAUGCUACAACCUCAACUACUAACGCGAUAUCGUCGACAUCGGAUCUUCGAACGACGUUGAGCACGACACCGUCUAGUACCAGCACGACCACCUCUACGACUACAACCACUACCGUGGCUCCUACUACUACUACGACUCGUGUUAUUACGGAGAGUAUCGAGUACGGCCAAGUCAACUUCCCGCCGAGACGCGACAGGAGAUUAAAGAAGAUACCAGUAACUGCCGGCAAACCGUUGAGUUACGUUAUACCGGUAAACACCUUCACCGAUCUCGAAGAUGGCAACACAAAAAAAUUGAAAUUGGAUCUAUACUGGCACGGUGCACCGCUCAAGACGACCCACUGGCUCCAGUUCAAUCCUCAUAUGCAGGAAAUUUAUGGAUUACCUCUCGAAAAAGAUAUAUCUACCUGGAAUUACGAACUAGUUGCCACGGACAGCGAAGGCGCCAAUGUCUCCGAUAGUCUCGAUAUUCAUGUUCAGCAGCACAAGUUGAGUCGUAGCGUCAAUCACGAAUUCACAAUCUACUUAAGGAUCGAUAAACGAAGCGAAUUCCCGACAGACGUUGACUGGGAACGCAAAGUAAUUCGAAGCUUGGCUGUACUUUACGAAGAUAACAUCCAGCACAUUACAGUUCGUUCUAUUGAAAUCAAUACAUCCGAUCGUGAACAAGUCAUUUUUACAUGGACUAACGAUAAUGUUCCAAGAAGCAGCGAAUGUCCAAGAGAAUAUAUAAAUAAAUUAUGGCGCGUGCUCGUCGACAGUAAUGGAGAUCCAUCGUCUUCUCUAAGAAGUGCGCUCGCUCCAGAAAUUACAGUUAAACGUGUCGUAUUCCAAGGCAUAGGGCAAUGCGAGGAUAUGAAUCGUCUCGAGGAACCAAAAGUCUCUACCGAAGAGCCGAAAGUUAAUUUCCCGCCUGUACCGAGGAAUCAAGUCGACCACGUUAAUGCGACAGUUGGACAAUUACUCAUAUUUAAAGUGCCGGAAGAUACUUUCUUCGAUGCUGAGGAUGGAUCGUCGCGAAACAUGAAGAUGUCACUUUUGACUAUCGAUCGAAUACCUAUUCCACCUCACGAGUGGCUGCAAUUUGAUAGCAAAAAUCAAGAAUUUUAUGGCGUUCCAAUGCGCACCGAUAUCGGCCGCAAAGAAUAUCAACUGGUUGUCACUGAUAAAGACGGUGCGAGCAGCACCGAUGGAUUGGUCGUUGUCGUUCAUCCGGCGCCGCCCAUGGCGCACACGGUGGAAUUCUCAAUGACGCUAGAUAUUCCUUACGACUCAUUUGCGCAUUCCGCGCUUCAAAAGCGUAACUUUAUCGAGAAGCUGCGAGAUCUCUACGAGGACAAGGACACGAGCGCUAUCUCACUGCACAGCAUCUCGAACGGUAGUACCGUAAUUACGUGGCAUAACAGAACUCUGCCUACGUCGUAUUGCGCUCACGAAGAGGUCAAUAGGUUACGAUCCGUGCUCGUGAAGAGUGACAACGAUCGACGUUCCGUGACGGACGAGGUGUUGGAAGUGAUGGGCUUGAAAUUCCCUGUAAAACAGAUUACAGUGAUUCCGAUGGGGAUCUGUCUCGGUGAAUUGACGGGCGUGCAUUCGCCAGAUAGUCAUGUACCACCGGUGGAUGAUUCCACGUCGGUCGGCGCGUUCCGCGACGAUUAUCUUCUCACUUUUGUUCUGCCAGCAAUUAUUAUCGCCGCUAUGCUCAUCGUAGCGGGAAUCAUUGCGUGCGUUCUGCACAGACGAAGACGCAGCGGGAAGAUGAGCGUCAGCGAACAAGAUGACGAGCGGCAGAGUUUUCGCAGCAAGGGAAUUCCUGUUAUCUUCCAGGACGAACUAGAAGAAAAGCCGGAUCCUGGCAAUAAAUCGCCUGUCAUCCUGAAAGAAGAAAAGCCACCCCUUCCACCACCAGAGUAUCAGAAAGCUGAGGAUGGGGCUGACGUACCGAUGCUUCCAAAGGAGAACUCCGAAGAACCAUACCAACCGCCGCCGCCGUUUGCCACGAAUCGCGACACCAAUCGGCAAAAUCGUCCUAAACCCACUCCGACGUACAGAAAACCGCCCCCUUACGUGCCUCCCUAACAAAAUACGGUACACUCGCCUACGCGCAAAUAUAUGUUAGCAAUGCUCGGAGACUCACCGAUACACAAGCAAAACCAAAUCAAUUAUAAAAAGCAAUCUCGAAUUGGCGACGAUGACAAUGAUGAUCGUGGGAUAUUGAAUGUUUAUAGCGACGUUUGAAAGAAAGCCCUUCCAUUCAUCCGGUAUGACAAUAUACUGCUUAGCGAGACGUGAAUGAAGAGAAAAAUCAUCCAGCGAGAAUUUUCUUCGAGAACUCACAUGCGAUUUUACUUAUUUUGUAUAUGUACUACUACAUACAACGGCACGUCUCAUCAUCGAUCGAUAAUACGUUCGAAAAAGAUUUCUCUCUCUCUCUCUUUCUCACUCUCAAUUUUCUAUAUUUCACGCGAAAGAAAAAGAAAAGAUUUUCUAGGAAGUAUGGGAAUACAAAUCACGUGUUGCCUUUCGUAAAGAAUUCAAUCGUAGGGAAGGAUCCAUUGCUCCGAACUCGAUACGUGAAUUUAGUUUAGAGAUCGUUGUAGAACCGAGACAACGGUAGAGUUAAAGUACUUUAUUCGACUUUGUAGCAUUCGAGACAGCAACGAUACUCGUAAAUAUUUCAAUAAUCAGUGCCAUUUAUUAAGCAAUAAGGGUAUCCGACUGUGAAUAACAGCACGUAUAAUUACUACGGUUCUACGGAUUUAUUGCAAUUACUGUUUACACAGAGUCUCCAGGUAUCAAGAAACGGACGGAUUUAACGAAAUAUAUCGUAUUACGCACCUACAACGUAUAACACUGCCAGAACGACAAAUGAUACAUCGCCAAACGAACCAGUUCUUCACGAUACAUAUAAUAGUAUAUUAUAUAAUAUAGUAUGAUAUUAUAUAAUAUUAUUUUUUAUUCCAAUUUUUCUUUUAUUUCUAAACGUUCCAUUUAGAUUAAUUUGUAACGAAAUAAACUAAAUUAAAUAUCAGUCUCGUGAGUAGAUAAACUGGCUCACUUGGCGAUCGCUUUUUACUUAAGGAGAAAAUAUAUUGGAGAGAAUUGAAAUGUUUUUGAGACAUAAAUUUAAAGAAACGAUUAUGAUAUACAUGCAAUAUGCCAUUGCAAAAUGACAGCAAAUGCUUCCAUGGGCACAGUAGGCCAUGCAGAUAACUUAUCUAAGGUAAGAAAAAAAAACUGAUUAUAAUAAUAUAUACAAAUAUAAAUAUAUAUAUAAAUACGUAUACAUAUAUACAUAUUAUAUCUAUAUUUGUGCCGUUCGAUAGAGACGUGAGAGUCUGCGGUUAUUUGAAUAGCGUAAUUUAAAUACUGCCAGACCAAUCAAGUUAUUUGCAUUUACUUUCGCUGUGGGAGGAAGAUCCAUUUCUGUUUGUUUUACACACAAUUUGACGCGCUUUAUACAACUUUUAUGACUUAAUAACCGUAAUAAAUAUGUAUAUUUUUAUUAUUUUUUUCGGACCUGUUUACAAACACAUAUGAGUUAGCAUCGAAAGAUUAACUCAGAACGAAAACACUGAUAUAUACGGGCACGUAUAUAAGAAUGAGACUAUUUAAUUUAGAUUUUACAUAGUUACCAAGCCAAAAAAUAAUUAAUAUUUAAAAAGAGAGUAAAAAUAAGGACGUAUUUGUAACUGCGAAAGAGAGCGUGGCUCGCACUCUUUAUGGCGCAUUUUUUAAAUGUUUUUUGUAAUUUUUUAAUCGCUGCGCGACUAGAUAUACACAACUCAUCCGCAGUAUCAUCGUUUGUAUGUCUGGUGCGACGAAAGAGUGCGGGGUAUGGUACGAGUACGUAUGCAGCCGUUUCUUCAAUACCUCGAUAGUUUCCUGAUAUUUUUGGAAGGAAAUACGAGAAACGAAAAAAAAAGAAAAAGAAUUUCGUAUUGCGUUCCGAAUUUGGAAGCUCCGUUUGUCGAUCGCGUUUGUCGACACGGACGAUAAAUGGAUCGACGAAUUUGCGGGCGCGCCUAUAUACUGGUAUGACUGCUGACGAUUAAUACGUAUGUAAGAUGCUAAGAAAACGUUUCGUAUACAAAGGCUACAUAAAAAUUACGAUAUAAUAUAUUAACUAUUAUAAUUCAUGUCCUUGUAACGUAGAGGAUUUAAAUAUAUAUCAUUGAACACAAGGAAAACUCGUGAAAUGUGACUCACAGACUUUUUUCUUUCUUUCGCGAGCAUAUAUAUAUAUAUAUAUAUCAAAACUACGGUCAAAUUUCUCUAUGAUCUUGACGAGAGACGCGACGCUUGUAUAGUUAUAUAUUAAUUGCAUGAUUCAGUUGCUUUACAUGCUUGCGAAAGACAGAAUCGAUGAGUUGUUUGUCAUAAACUAAUGAAUAUUUUUCAUCGCGCAUCUUGUUUAUCGCAGAAUCUUUUAGAAAGAGAAAGGAGAUUGCAAUUGUCGCCUGUACGUGAUUGCUCUUUAUGACGUUUUAUAUCGUGAAUUAAUAAACAUAUAUAAAUACAUUUUCUUAUUAUUUUUUAUAAGAGUACGAAUAAAUAUCUUUUAUGUUAAAUUCUCUAUUUUAAGACUCGAAUAUAACAAUUUAUGUUAUCGUAAGGUGGGAUUAUUCUAUAAUUGUGAUAUUUCUUUGUGUGCGAUUUUCGUUGAAAGAAUAAAUAUAAAUUUAUAUUGUGUAUGCAUAUCAGAUUCCAGCAGAUAAUUGUUUAUAUUAUCAAUUUUCAUGGAAUUAAAACUUUAUUAUAUCGACAUACUGGACCCUUAUUUAUUAUUUCAGGCGAAAUCGCUCACAAAGUAAUAAUGUAGUGGCUAAUGAAUGAAGAGUAACGCUACUUAGUAGAAUAAUAUUUGAGAAUCAGUGUGAAUCAACGGAUCAUUGUACACACCCAGAAACGCGGUGCAUCAUAAACGGUCAAGAAGAACUUUAUAUUCCGUUUGUGAUCUGCGGUAAACAAGCAUAACUCAUAUCAUGCUUCUAAUCAUAUCAUUGCUCUACACGUAUCCCUUAAGCGCUACAAUUGUGUUACUUGUGAAAAUGAUGAUAAUGUAUGAUAAGCAUGUAUGAUAUUUAUAAGAUAGAAGGGACAAAACACCUGAGAAAGGAUACGAAAGAAAAAAAAGAAAAUGAAUUUCUCAAAGAGAGCAUAUUUGCUAACAGUGACUUUUCUGGCCUGUGUGUGAAAAAUGGUUCGAAAGUAUUUUAUAACUGUGUGUAAAAGAAAAAAAGAUGAUCUGACAAAUUGCUAAGCUAUUGUGACCAUGACUUUCGUAUACGGCCGCUUUCUGAGAAAUCGGGCUAAUGCCAGAGACAAAGUAAAAGUUCCAUUAGAGAAAGAUAAGGACAAGGGGAAGAAAAGGAGAGAGUUAUCUCGCAUCGCCCAUACGAACAUGUGUUAUAUACAUAGCUAUAUAUAUAUAUAUAUAAACACACCUAAGAAUAAACAUAUUGACUGGGAUUUUCAGAUUAUUUUUAUUCGCUAUAAAAGCGUUUCGAUAUAUGAUACAAAGUGAAACGUUUACGUUGAUGUAUUCGCGAAACGCAGGAUGGAGCGGCUUUCGUACUUGCUUCUCCUUUAAAUAACGAAAAGCCAUCGACACGUAUCUCUUAAGUUUGCGCUAAGUAAAACAUAUCUUGAAGGAGAGAGAAAAAAGGGGAAGAAAAAAAUUCGCGAAAAAAGAAGAACAGCAUUGAUCGCUUUGAAGUAAAACGCGAUUACUUUGAGAUCAUGAAACGGUAUCGCUCUCGUCCGUAAUCAAUGAAAAAAAAGUAUAUCGAAUUAAUAAUAAUAUACAUAUAUAGAUAUCUCUCUCUCUCUCUCUCUCUGAGACAAGUACUACAUACUAAACAUGUGUAAAGUUAAGAGUUAAUAAAACCAUUUUAGGAUA